AUGCAGCAGACCGCGCGUGCGUGCGCGGUUGCGUCGAGACUCACCCGCAUGGCGACUCGAGAGGACACUGGCACGCGCGAGUCUUCGCGCGUGGAUCUCGCUGGGGGUGGGGCGGAAGGGCGCCAGGCGGACACGAGGUGUCCCUUGGAAGCGACCGUCUUUGGAACCGACAGCCGCUCCUCCGAGGCGUCUCCGCCGGAGCUGCCGUGUUUGUUGACAGGUGGACGUCCUCGCGAACUCAAUGCAGGCGCGGACGAGCCGAAAAAGCUAGCUCAGCCAGUUGGCCUUGCUCGACGCGGGCGUUUGGACCCAGUCCGUUGUUAUCCCGAGACUGGAAGGCCACGCUGUUCUGGGAACGGAACGAACGAAAAAGAAAGGCUUGGCCCGAGCGUCUGCGAGGAACGCACGGGCGUUCGGCAGGAAACCAGCUGUGAGGAGAGCCAAAGAAGCGGAAAACUGCUUGACCGAAACCACGGCCAAUGUGCGGCGUCCUCCGACCAAAAAGGGGGGCACUGGCCGACGCCUCGAUUCGCCGAGGUGUAUGUACACCCGAAGGCACCACGCGCCGAUCCGAAGACACCGGGAGCAACCGGGGAAAACAAGCGCGGCCGCGAAGCUCGCCGGGAGUCUUCUCUUCCCGUUUCCCUCGCGUCCUCUACAGAGCAAGAAGCAGGCGCUGCGGCCAGCGAAAAAACGGAGGGAAAAGCUGAAGGCUCGCCAUCCGCUGCACUCCGAGACUCCUUCGCUGCCGGUGACGGCCGGCGGCCGUUUCCUGUCUCGGUUCGUGCAACACGAGACCCGGGACAAGAGAGCGGGCACCAAGGGAGAGAAGACACGCACAGAAAAAGAAGCGGAGAACUGAGCGGACUGCGCUCAGGCGGGAGAGAGGGGGUUCGUGCGUCACCGGCGUCUCCCUCUUGCUGCGCUGUCGGCGAACCCCUCGGUCUUUUUUUCUCCGGGUGUGCCAUCCCGGACAAACAGCCGGAGACGCCUUCUCCGUCUUCCUCCGUCUCGUCGACAUUUUCCCUCCAAAAGCCCGCCAAAGAAUCGGACGAACGAACUGGCCGAGACGUCGUCAGCGCGGAACAGGCGGAGCAGUGGUCAGCGGAGGCUAGGCAGUUUCCCCCACUCAAGGGCGUCUCGUACAGCUCCACGAGACACGAGUGGAUCUGUGACUGGCCCGUCGACGCGGGCGCGGAAGACGCAAAGAAAAGGAAGAAGAUCGUUAGCUUUUCCGUCGCCAAGUAUGGCGUCAGUGAGGCCCGAAGGCUCGCCCUCGAGUACCACAUCCACCGGAGCUCGGAAGAGAAUGAGGAUGAGGCACAGGACAGCUCGCCAAACGAAGACGACGAGGCGGAAGACAAGAGGGUGGCGAAGAACGCCAGCGGAGAGAAGGAAGGGAAGCGAUCCAGCGUAGCGACUCCAGAAGACAGAGAGGAGCGGGGCCAUGGGGGCGAGAAUGGAAAAACUGAGGCUAAGCAGGCAGAUGACGGAAGACAGCCGAACGGACGCGUCGUCUCCCCAGCUCUCUGUACAGCUGCUGACCAGCCCGACGACAACCGGAUGGCCUUCCCAUAUGCGGACGACAAAGGCGCGCAAGACGAGAACAGCGGAGGAAGACUGACGUCGCCGUCGGCAUCUCCCUUCUCUCACCCUUCCUCGCCAUGUCCCUCGCUUUCCUCUCCUGCCGUUUGCUCUCCUUCUCUUUCGUCUCCUUCCUCCGGUUGCUCUUCCUCCCCGCCAGGUGAGAAGACCGGCGGGUGUAGGGGAGGCACGGCCAGGGGAGUUCCUCUGCUUUCUGCCUCCGUUGUCUCGGAGGAAGACGGGAUCGAAUGGGAUGCGGCGCAGAGGAAGUGGAUCUUCCGCUUCCUCCGAGAAGGCCAGCCUGCUAAGAAGACGUUCUCUGUUGAUAAGUACGGAUUCUCGACUGCCCGCCGCCUCGCGCUGAUGGCCAAGCAAAUGAACGAGAAAGCGGAGUCCGAGCGCAAACCGGCGUCUUCUCCCCGUCCGCCGGUCUCUUCUGCCUCGUCGUCUGUCCCGUCUCCUCUCUCUUUCGCGUCUUCUGUUUGCGGUCGAGCCGAGCCUGUGUCGUGGACAAGCGACAGCACCUGCAGUUUGUUGAGUGUCGAAACGCGUGCGGAAGAUGCAGACGGCGGGAAAUCUUCGCUUUCUUCUCUUCGGCCGUCCUCUGGGUGGGUCCGUCCCAAUGACGAUGGCGCAGCUUCGUGUGAAAUCUCUGGAGUCCAACAGGAGAGCGACGACUGGGACAAAGGGGAGGCGGACGAGCCUUCGGGGUCCGCGGGCUCCCGUCCAGAAGGUGCGCAAAUCGCGAAGCGGAGACGCGGACGCCCUCCAAAGAAGAAGAAAGUCGUCCGGCCCCGGCAGCCGCGACUCGCAGCGCGCCCCAGGCAGCAACUGUCUCCGGGGACAGAGCAGCAGGCUGCGUGCGGCCUGCGGAGGAGUCUGCGGGUCGAAAGCCGCGCGGCGGCGAUGUCGGAGCGCGGGGAGACGAAACGACCGGAGAGACAGCCCCAGGAAGAGACACUGGAAAUCGGCGAAGACGGAAACGACCUCGGUCUGUCUGUAGACGCUCGAAAGAGUGCCGCUGAGGGAAGACCGGGGGGCGUUCGGCACGGCGCCGAGGGCUCUGAGAGGAGCCCGUCCAACGGCUCACAGAAACCGCGCGUUGGUGGGGUGGAGGCCACCGAGGCAGGCGAGCCUGCGCUGCCGACGUCUUUGCCGAACUCGAAGACGGCACGCCCACAACGUGACCAGCCCGCAUCGCAUCUCGCGUCGUCGCCGGUUCUCGCGUCGCGGGCCUCCCUCAGGACAGGUAUCUCGUCCUCGUCUCUCGCUCUCGGCGACUUUCCGGGUCCUUCUGCGGGAGUGUCCCUUCUUGCGUCCGAACUCCGUACCUCUUCGUCGUGUUCGCCGGCGAGUUGCGGCGUCGCGGGAGGGCGUGUGAGCGCGGCGAAGUCUUCCGUGGUCGUGCGCGGGGAUUGUCCAGCUUUUGACAAGUCUCCAAGUGCGAAGCACCCCGAGGAAGACGAAGACGGCUUGGGCUGGGGACCGAACGUGACAACAGAGGAGCGCAUCCGGCGACUCCGGCUCUGUUUGGAAGAGUUGAAAAGACAGCAGGAGGUGUAUCUACUCCAGCGCGGCUGCGCGUUCAAGCAAGCCAAGCACGCGUCGGAGGCGUGCGUUUCCUCCCUGGGGCGAGCGAAGCACGCUCGCCUCCGGAGCCCGUACCCCUGCGAGCCGUGCGAAGGCCUACCCGUCUCCGCGGGCCUUCGGAGACACCCGGACGCGCACCGAGCGCCUGAAGAGGUGGAGCCCGAGGGCGAGCGCAGGCGAGGGGCGAGACGCGUGGACGCCGAUCGCGACGGAGAGCGAGACGACCGAAAGCGAGACCGCGAAGAGACGGGCGGUUUGGAGGAAGGGGACCCGGUGAGUGUCGCGACCCUCCAGGUGAUCGCGGCGGUGCUGUCGGACUUUCUGCAGCUCUGCGGCUCGCCGAGUCGCAUGGAGUGUCUCGGUUUCGGCGAGCGACAGAUCCAGUUUUGUCAACAGAGCAUUCCGCUUUUGCAGGACAGUCUCCUUUUCCUCCGAUCUGUCCAGUCGACCGACGAGCCCUCGACGGUGGCGUUCGCCUCGCUCUUCCGAGAAAUCCUGCUCCUGCUGCCGCGCUCGGCCUCCUCGUCGCCCAUGGAGAUCUUUCACCACCUCACGAAACUCGUUCGCGGCCUUCUCGUGUGGCGCCGGGCCGUCACGGGCGAGCGCCGCGCCGACCGCGGAGACAAAACGCGUGUGCGUGCGGAGACACCUGAGCAGUUGGGGCGCGCACACCAGCGGGAACGAGCGGCUGCGGCCUUGCCGUCUGCUGGUGCAGCGGCGGUUCUGCGCGCUCUCCAGCUCCAGCACGGGCACGGGGCGGGGCGGCCUGGGUGGCCAGAAGCGCGGAGAGAGAAUUCUCGCCUCGACGAUCGAGCGUCUUCGUUUGACGCCUCGCCUUCUUCUGGUCUGCAGACACUCCAGCGGCGCCGCGACCGCGAGGUGGGGAUCGUGGGGAGGCUGGUAGCGUCGCCAGAUGCGGUCAAAGAGGAGGCGUCGGACGGCAAAGCCGAUCAGGCGGGUCACGAGGCGCGUCUGCGCGCCGCGCUGCGCACCUUUCUCGCCUCGAAGAAAAUGCCCUGUCCGGGGCGAUCUGCACAUCGACAGGCGACGUGCGGACGUCUCGAUAGCGAGGCAAGCAUGGAGCCGCAGAGUGCGAUCGACGAGGCGAGGCAGUGGAGUGAGGCUGGGGCGGUGGCCCAUUUUCGCAGGGCGGAGACGCGCCUGACCCCGGAGGCCAGGGAUACGAACCGAGACGCAGAAGAGAGAGAAAGCGCCUCCUCUGUGCGAGGACGCGCCGAACGAAAAGACGCUGCGAGAGACAGAGAGGAGAGAACCGCGACGCCAACAGCUGCCUCGAAGUCUCGGGGAUUUGCGGCUUGGCAGGAGACGAUGAUCCGCGCCCUUCAGUCUGCCACGACGGUUGAAGAUCUUCGAGGAAGCGAGGCUCUGCAGCGGCUCUUCGCCCUGUGGAAGACCCGCGACGUGAAGGCGCCCGACUUCCUUGUAUCUAGUUAG